GGUUGAUUAUAUGAUCUAUAAAAAAAAGAUGUUUUCAGUCAUUUCAAGUUGCCUAGAUCUUGAUCUGAUCUAGAUCUAGCCUAGAAUGCCUCAAUCAAGAUUUAUUCUGUUUUAGAUAAGAUUUCGAUAGAUAUACUGAUAUAGAAUCUAGAUCUACUUAUUUAUCUAAAUAUUCAAUUAGACUAGUAGUCUAAUCUAGAACUAGCUGUAAAUCUAGAUCUAGAUCUAGUUCAAGUUGUCAAGAUUUGAAGAUACGUAACAUUUACAUAGAUCUAGAUCUAGUAUGAUCUACUACUACUAGAUCUAAUACUAGAUCCACAUUAACAUUAGGCUUUUAGGUCUAAGUAAUAGAUUUUAUAGAUCUAGACUAGAUUCGAGAGUAAGAGUGAGAUCUAGAUCUAAUAAAAAUAAUAAAGAAUAGUAAUAAAUUAUUAAAUAUGGCAGAUCAAGAAACCGAACAAAAACCCGAUAGUGGGGAAGAUUCUGAUGAUGAAGAGGUUUUAGAAGAAAGUCCCUGUGGUAGAUGGCAAAAACGCAGAGAAGAGGUAGACCAAAGAGAUGUCCCUGGUAUAGACAAUGCUUUUUUAGCCAUGGAUACAGAAGAAGGUGUGGAAGUGGUCUGGAAUGAAGUUCAGUUUUCAGAGAAAAGAGAUUUCCGUGCUCAACAAGAUAAAAUUAGACAGACCUUUGACAAUUUGUGUCAGCUUGAUCAUCCCAACAUAAUAAAAUUCCACAAGUUUUGGACAGAUGUAAAGAAUGAUAAGCCAAGGGUUAUAUUCAUAUCAGAAUAUAUGUCUUCUGGUAAUCUAAAACAGUUUUUAAAGAAAACUAAAAAGAACAACAAAACAUUUCAAUUAAAGGCUUGGAAGCGGUGGUGUACACAGAUAUUAUCAGCUUUAAGUUAUCUCCAUUCUUGUGACCCACCUAUCAUUCAUGGUAACCUUACGUCAGAUACAAUAUAUAUUCAGCACAAUGGUCUGAUUAAAAUUGGUUCAGUUGCCCCUGAUGCCAUCCAUCACCAUGUGAAGACGUACAACGAGGAUCUGAAAAAUGUUCAUUACACAGCACCAGAAUGUGAAGAUAGUGAACAAAUGACAACAAAAGUGGACAUCUAUUCAUUUGGAAUGUGUGCCCUUGAGAUGGCCACUUUAGGGUUUGCAUCAAGUGGAGAUUCCCCUGCUGUAUCAGACAGUGACAUUAUUACAGCAUCUUUAGAGCUUGUGGAAAGUCCUCUACAACAGGACUUCAUCAAAAGCUGUUUACAGCGUGAUCCUAACGAUCGGCCAACAGCUCGUGAGUUACUCUUUCACAAAGUAUUGUUUGAGGUUCCCUCACUGAAACUUGUGGCUGCUCAUAAGAUUAUCAAGUCCAACGCCCUGCUGGCAGAAAAUAUUACAGAGAUCACACAUACUGCCAAAACAGAAGACCCUAAUCGAGUCAUUGCUGAAAUACCCAGCAUGAAUGGGGAAUUAACUCAGUGGAAAGUUUCCCAAAGCCCAGUGCUUGAGUUGGAUAAACUUUUGGAUGAUGUCAAAAAUGGCAUCUAUCCAUUGACUGCAUUUGGACUGAGCUAUCCCCAGGUGACUAGGACCAGAGCUGCCAGCCCAGAACUAGCUGAGUCUGUUAAAUCUGAAACACCAGAGCCUUAUGACAUUGAGACCAGAAUGAUUGUUUCUAUGACAUGUCAUAUUCAUCGAGUGGAGGAGAACCCACACCCUCAAUUAACUUUAUUGGUGCGAUUCGAUGAUCAGAUUAAUAGACAGUUGCAGUGUGAGGUGAACAAUGAUACAGGAGAAUCCUUAGCUGAUGACCUAGUUUACCAUGGCUUUAUCAAUGAGAAAGACAGAGAUAAAGUAGCCUCACUAAUUAGUAUAACUUUGCCCAACAACAGCCUCAACACUAGCCUGAACCAGCCUAUUGAUCACAUAAAUACCUCUCGUGUGCUUGUAUCAUAGUCCUGGAACUAAGCCAACACAUAGUCAUCUUAUAAACUAGAUUGUCCCUUUGGGUUUAACAUCUACAUAGAGGAGAAAUUGAAUAAUAUAGUCCUAGUUUAACAUCAUAGUUUUUGUAAUAUUUUUUUUUUAUCAUUAUCUCAGCUUCAGUCAUCCUUUUCUCUUUUUUUUUUCAAAAAUGUUUUUUUUUUAACUUUGAUAAGUACUAGGAAUUUUUUUUUUAAGUUUCUUUUUUUUUUUAUUGAACUUUUAACUUAACUGUUAGCUUCUUGGAAGUUACUGAUUAGACCCAUUCUGCAUGUUUGCCUCCUGGCUGUAUUCUUAUAUUGCCACAUAUUGUGGCUGGAUGCAUUUUAAAUGUCUUAUGUUGGUUUAAAAUAAAUAUAUCCCAAUGUAAAUUGUAUUAAAGAUGUUUGUAUAGGUCCAUGAUCUUCAGUUUUAAUGUGAUGCUUACUAAAUAUGUUCAAAGUAUUUUAAGUAUUUUGUUUCAUCUGUCAUGCUUGUGUUAACAAUGUUAUGUUAUAGUAAUGAUCAAUUUUAAAACUCUUGCGCUUGUUUCUUAUUACUUAAGUAAUAGACCCUUUUAUAUUGAAAACUUUGGAAAAUAUAGUUUUCAAAAUUAUUCAAUUUCACCAAUAACAUAACAUAUAUAUAUAUAUAUAUUAAAAGAUGUAUUGAGAACUUUAAUUAUUAUUUAAUGCUACAACAGUCUCCUCUACUUGAGACAUAAUGCAUAAUUUUUCAAAAUAUUAAAAUGAUUAUAUAGAAACUUUAAAAUAAAAAUACUGGUAAAACAUAAGAAAUAUUAGUUUUAAUAGUCACAAAUAGUUUUACAACCAUAAUUGAACCUAAAACUUCAAAAUCAAAUAUGUUUUUACAAGCUUAUUUUAUUUUAAUCUAAGUGUUGUCUAAUUAUGAGCAAAAAAUACAGAAUUAUGAUAGAUGUACAACUUUUAAUUGAAAUUUUUUGUAUUAUUAUUAUUAUUUACCCGGUUAGACUCAGAAUCAUCACUUGAUUUUAAUGCUUGAAAAUAGAGAAGAAAUUGGUUGUUGCUGAUUUUUUUUUUGGUAAAAAUAACAAACUGCCUUUUUAAAAAGAAGGGAAAAAAAAGCUUUACUGUUCUUUCUUCCAAAGGUCAUAAACAAUGUUCUUUUCAUUCCAAAUAGGCUAGAGUUUAAAUCUUUAGGAAACUAUUUCUAUUCAAUAAUUUCAUUAGACAAUUCCAUUUGUAAUAUUUGUAUUACAUUUCACAUUAUUACAAAGUCAUUCUUAUUAAGAUGCUGUAUUUUUUUUUACUAUUUAUAAUUAUUAUUAUACAACAUAUGGGAAAAUUAUUGAGGAUAAUUUGGUAAAAAAAAUUAAUUUGUUUUUCAAAGAUUUCAGAUACUUAGAAUUGAGAUUUUUAAAAAAUGCAUAGUUCUAAUAAGUUCUAAAAAUAAUUUUUGGUGUAAAAAUAAGUUAAGAAAACAGUUACACUUCAAUAUUUUCCUUCAUCUUCAGUGAAAUAGCUCAUCUUUCAUUAAAUUCAUAUUAUAACCAAAUAUUCAAAUAAAACUGUUAUUGAAAUUAUGCUUUCAUGAUAAAGUACCUUAUGUAAUAUGAAACUAAUAUGUAUGAUGUAUAAAUUUAACAAUUAUUUGACAGUGAUUCCUUUUUAUGGAAAAAAAAAAUGUUGUUAUACUUUAAAAAAAAUUCUAAUGUUAAUUAAUCUCAAAAUUUUGAGAAGAAAUGUUUCACAUUCUCAUUUGAAGUCCUAACAAAUAUUGCUUACAUGUUCCAUUCCUUUACUUACUUAUAUAUUUAUAUCAAUCAUAGCAAUUUUAUUAGAAGUCUGCACACUUAGAGCUUUCAACCUAUGACACUAGAGCAUUAGUUGGGCAUUUCUGUGUUCAAACUGAGUUUUGAGGAACUUAGCAGCCACGCAUUCUUUCUUUGCCAUCAGCAUUUGUUAGUUUCUAUAAAUGUGUAGUAGAAAUAACUCUGUGAGAUGUUUUGUUAACAUGUGUGUCUUACUUGUUCAUCAGUACUUAUCAAAAUAAAGCAAUAAAACACUUCCUUUCUUGUUUUCUAGGUUUGGUUAUUGAAAAAAUCAAUUCAAUAGUGGAUCAGUUUUGUUUUAUUUUUUAUUAUCUUUCUUUUUCUUUUUUUUUUCCUGUUACCAUUCCCUUAUUUUUUUUUAUUUAAAGCUUUGACAUUUUACUUGUUUUUUCAUCUCUAUGUUUCAAUUGUUUUAGAUUGCUUAAGUACAAGAAAUAUGAGAUUUUAUUUUAGAAAAAAUAAGUAUGGUUAUUUUGUAUUGCUUCAUAUUGUAGGAAAUUUUUUUUUACUCUAGGCUUGUUCGUAUUUUGAAAUGAACAUGUGCCCGAAGGCCUAAAAUUAUAUAAUAUAUAUAUGUUUAUUUAUUUUUGCAUGUAAGCCAAAUUUCACAACAUUUGUCUUUUUCUCCCUAGUUACAAUUUUCUGCCAUGUUUUGUUUUAUAUUUUAUUAUUUGGCAUCUGUAACCAAAAAAAAGAAAAAAGUACUUUUAGUAUCAAUUGUUUUUUAAUGGAAGUGUACAAUAAUGUAAAUAGAAUUUAUUGACUGUUGCAUUCAAAGAGAAAUUAAAGCGGAGAAGUUUACAAUUGUACCUGCCAAUUAUUAGUGUAUCAGUAUCUUUAUUUCAAUAUGCAUUGUAAUAUAUGUUUAAAUGAUGGUGUGUGGAAGAUUGUGACUUUUUUUUUUCCCCUCGCAAAUUUGUGUUUGUAAUAUAUUUAUUUGUGUGCAUCAAUUUUGUAGAUAAUAUUUGUACAUGUUCUAUUUGAGGCAUUAUUAAAUCAGGAAGCCUACUUGGUACUUAAAAUGUUUGAAUUGAUCAAAUAUUUAAGUUAAUAAUAACACUUAGGGAUGGAGGGUGGUAACAGAAAAACAAUAAUAUAUUCACAGGGUAUACGUUGGGCAUUCCUUGAACAAGUGACAUGGCUUUAAAACUAAAAUUAGUUCUAACAGAUAAAGGCUUUUAAAAUACAGGUUUUUUAAGUAUUUAAUAGUGUGAGGCAUUUUAAUAUCAAGAGUAUAUCAUGACAUCAUCAUUUUUCAUAUUUUUUAUAUAAAGAUUGUUGAUCUGUAAUAUGGUGUGUUAUAUGGAUGUAUCAGCUUUGGGGGAUAGGGUGAUUAACACACUAAAUGAAAUGUUGAGCUCCUGGAUUUUAAAUAUUAAAACUGAAGUUGUACAAUUAGUUUGUAUAUUUAAAUUAACAAAUUCAAUUGUGACCUGGUGCAAUAAUAGGAAUACACUUAUUAGUGUUCACACAGUUGAUAAGAACUAAUAAAUACAAAGAGCUUUAAUAUGUUUGUUUGUUUGUUUUAAUUUAUAGUGAUACUGAGUUUUUUUAUUUCUUAAUUCUGUUUAAUGACCAUACUGUUACAUUCAAGUAAUAAAUGUAUCCUAGUAUGAGCUUGUAUCUUAUUCUUACAAAUAAAACUGAUUACGUGGUUAAUCCAAUUAUA